UCCCAAUAACACACGAGGAUGAAUUUCCGAAACAAGAAAAGAGACCAAUAUCGUGGUCAUAAAGGAAAGAUAUUGCGUAAAAAACUGUAUGAGAAUAAAAGAUCAAAUCAUGAAACAAUAGACGAUGAAAUAAAAUCUUUGGAACUUUCCAAGCAAAAGUUUGAUUCUUCUAAAUGUGAAAAGUUUGAAGACUUCCCAAUAUGCAAGAAAACAUUGAAAGGUUUGACAAGCAGCAAGUUUAUGAAGCCCACAGACAUUCAACGAGAGGCAAUUGGCCUGGCACUGAAUGGCAAUGAUAUUUUGGGCGCAGCAAAAACUGGCUCAGGGAAAACACUUGCUUUCAUUAUCCCGAUUUUGGAGCACCUGUACAGUGAGAAGUGGUCGCAGAAUGAUGGUCUGGGUGCUCUGAUUAUCUCCCCAACCCGGGAACUCGCUUUCCAGACGUUCGAGGUGCUUAAGAAGAUUGGCAAGUUUCAUGACUUCUCCGCAGGGCUCGUCAUUGGCGGAAAGCCGUUGAAAGAGGAAGCUGGAAGAAUCAACAGGACGAACAUAGUUGUUUGUACACCCGGACGACUGCUACAACACAUGGAUGAGACAACAUACUUCAAUGCUGACUCCCUGCAAAUAGUUGUGUUGGAUGAGGCUGACCGUAUACUAGACAUGGGCUUUUCACAAACAAUGAACGCCAUCAUAGAAAACCUGCCCGCUGAGAGACAAACACUGCUGUUCUCCGCAACACAGACAAGGUCAGUGAAGGACCUGGCUCGAUUGAGUCUCACUGACCCAGUGUUUGUUUCCGUGCACGAGAACGCCACCAAUAGUACACCUGAACAGCUGGAACAGAGCUACAUGGUGUGUGAGCAGCAUGAGAAAUUGAACCUGCUGUGGUCGUUCCUGAAGAACCAUCUACAGUCCAAGAUACUGGUCUUCCUCACUUGUUGUAAAGAGGUCAAGUAUGUUUAUGAGGCAAUGCGUAGACUGAGGCCGGGAAUCCCAGUGAUGGCGCUGCACGGCGGGCUGCCCCAGUUACGGCGGGUUGAGGCGUACAACCAGUUUGUCAAUAAACAGAGGGCAUGUCUGUUUGCCACUGACAUAGCAGCCAGGGGGCUAGAUUUCCCGGCAGUGAACUGGGUAGUACAACUAGACUGCCCUGAGGAUGCGAACACUUACAUUCACCGCGCUGGUCGCACUGCACGAUAUGAAAAAGAUGGACAGGCCUUACUUGUCCUUUUGCCAUCAGAGGAGGAAGCCAUGGUCAAACAACUCAACGACAAGAAAAUACCCAUCGAGAAAAUAAGAGUGAAUCGGAAGCGCUUAUACAGCAUCCAGGCCAAAAUGGAGUCUAAUUGUGCCGCCGAACCUGAAUUGAAGGAAGCUGCGCAAAGGGCAUUCAUGACGUACCUGAAGUCUGUGUAUCUCAUGAGCAACAAGAAGGUGUUUGAUGUCCAUGCUAUCGACCUUGAGCCAUUUGCAAGAUCACUUGGAUUAGCCAUUGCUCCAAAAAUCAGAUUUCUUAAGAAAGACCAGAAGAGAAAGGAAGAACAAGCACUUAAACAGACUGUAGUUGAACAGAAACUAGCCAAAAAUGCACAGAAAAAGCCCCAGUCAGAGGAGAGCUCUUCAGAGUCUGACAGUGGAGGGGAGGAAGGUACAUGUAGUGAAAGUGACUCUUCAGGAAGUGAGGUGAACUCUUCAAAGGAAAUUGAAAAGAAGGUGGAAAAUGGAGAUUCAGACUCCAGUGAAGAGUCAGACUUAGAAAAUGAAGCAAGAACUUCAAAUGAAAAGAAGUUAACAAAAUUAAAACAAAAAGAUAAACCUGAAAUUAAUUUAAAGAGUGUCAAACAAACUGAGAGUGUUAGUAAACUUCAGAAAGUAAAUAAAUUAAGUACAAAAAAGAGUAAUAAAGAGCUAGCAGACUCUGAUGAAAGUAGUGAAUCAGACGACAGUGAAAGUGGGGAAUCUAGUGAUAAUGAAAGUGACUCAGAUGAUUCAGAAAAGCUAAAGGCAUUAAAAGCAGGAAAGACUGAAAGCUUCAGUUUUGAUGUUGAUGAGGAUGAUGAGCUGUUUAAAGUGAAGAAAGAUGUGGAUAUUGAUGAAAUACUUGGAGUUCUGCCGGAGGAGUCCAACGAAGAAAUGUUCUCAAAGAAAUCAUUGAAGAAGGCCAAGAAGAUUGACAAGGAAGCUUUGGCGAGGAAGUUACAGAAGAAGAAGAUAUUUGUCAACAGCAAGAUUGUGUUCGAUGAGGAGGGAGAACCUGAGGUAGACCCCAACAAAGGCUCCAACGUUGACAUAGAAACAGGGGACGCCGGGGGCAUCAAUAUUGCUCUUGCAAAGAAACGUAUGGAGGCCGAGGAUGUUAUAGAUAAACAGACAUACCGACAGAAGAUAAAACAGAAACAUAGGGAGGAGAGAUUGAAGAAGAAAGAUGAGAGGAGAGCCAACAACAAGAGGGCGGCCAACAACAGUGAGGAUGAGGAGGUUCAGGCAGUGCUGGGCUCCAGUGAUGGCGAGGAUAAAGCUGAUCCUCUGUCCUUCAUACCCGACCCAGACGAAAUAUAUGGUGCACGUGGUUCGGACGAGAGUUCUGCAGAAAGCUAUGAUGAUGCGAGUCCUCCGGUGAGCAAGAAAAGGAAAAUUCAGGACAAAUUAUCAGGGAGGAAGCAGAACACUGCUGAGUCAUCCAGUGACAGUGGUGAUGAAAGUGAUGAUGUCAUCAAUUCUGAUGAUGAUGUCAGCAGUUCCGGUGGUGAUGUCAUGGACACUGAGCUCUCGUUGAAAGAUGAUGAAGCAAUUGCUUUGAAGUUGUUACAAGGGAUUUAAUAUUGCAAUUAACUGUUACUCUAAUAUUAAUAUCUAAAUACACUCAACAAAAUUAAUUAAGGGUCACUUAUUAAAAUAGACGUUUUCACAGUCAGAUUUCAUUUAAACUUGUACAUAAUUAUACCCUUAUAUAUAAGCAGUCAUCGAAAUUAGACUUUCAUAUGAACAUGCACAAAUUCUUAUCCUAUUGCAUGGCAUAAUUUUUUUAACAAGCCCUGCUUUAUGAAAUUCAGAAUUUGAGCAAGCCCACACAACAUUUUACCUGUGCAGGGCUUAACAGCUUGUGUUAAUUUCGACCACUGUUCGGUAGAUUUCUUUUUACUGACCUAUUGCUUUUCUCAAUAUUUCAGUAAGCAAUUGUUCAGACUGGUGCUUAUCAUAAAUCAGUUGUUUGAUAUCAAUUUGUCAGCUAUUUUAAAGGUGACCCCUUCUUUAUUUUGUUUAAUGUAUAUUGUUAAAAUUGGUAUGUGAAGACAAAUAAAACGGUAUAAAGCAUU